GCUAGCAGAGAAGUGGAGCGCUUCCGUGGUUUGCUACACUAUAUCCUGGACUCAAAUUGCUACAUUGUAGCUGGCUUUUAAAACACAGACACAUCUUUUCUCUCUCUCUUUUUUUAACACUUCCAAAAAAAGAAUAACCUUCAAGCUGGCGGGAGGAAUGGUUCACAUAAAGAAAGGCGAGCUGACCCAGGAGGAAAAGGAGCUGCUGGAAGUUAUCGGGAAAGGUCCCAGCAUUUCAAAAGGCUAACCUGAACCUGUUAAGUGGUACUGUCCAAGAAGCUGGUACACUAUUAUCCAGUAAGAAUGUUCGUGUGAAUUGCUUAGAUGAGAAUGGAAUGACUCCUCUAAUGCACGCAGCAUAUAGAGGAAAACUUGAUAUGUGCAAGUUACUUCUGCGACAUGGAGCUGACGUAAAUUGCCAUCAGCAUGAACAUGGAUACACAGCCCUCAUGUUUGCUGCACUUUCUGGUAAUAAAGACAUCACAUGGGUUAUGUUGGAAGCUGGUGCAGAGACGGAUGUUGUCAACUCUGUAGGGAGAACAGCAGCUCAGAUGGCAGCCUUUGUGGGUCAACAUGAUUGUGUGACUAUAAUCAACAAUUUCUUUCCCCGAGAGAGACUGGAUUAUUAUACUAAGCCCCAGGGACUGGAUAAAGAGCCCAAACUGCCCCCAAAGUUGGCAGGCCCACUGCACAAAAUUAUCACCACAACAAACCUUCAUCCUGUCAAGAUUGUGAUGCUUGUGAAGGAAAAUCCUCUGCUGGCAGAAGAAGCAGCGCUAAAUAAAUGCUACAAGGUGAUGGAUUUGAUUUGUGAGAAAUGUAUGAAACAAAGAGAUAUGAAUGAAGUAUUGGCUAUGAAAAUGCAUUAUGUCAGCUGUAUUUUUCAGAAAUGCAUUAAUUUCUUAAAAGAAGGAGAGAAUAAACUGGACACCCUAAUCAAAAGCUUGUUAAAAGGCCGAGCUUCUGAUGGCUUUCCAGUAUAUCAGGAAAAGAUCAUUAGAGAAAGUAUCAGAAAAUUUCCUUACUGUGAAGCUACACUCCUCCAGCAGCUGGUGCGAAGCAUUGCUCCUGUUGAAAUUGUAAGGCGCCUAUCAACUAAGCUGACUGUAUCAGGUUCUGAUCCCACUGCAUUCUCUGUACUUACUCAAGCCAUCACUGGCCAGGUGGGUUUUGUGGAUGUUGAAUUUUGUACCACCUGUGGAGAAAAGGGAGCAAGUAAAAGAUGUUCAGUAUGCAAAAUGGUAAUAUAUUGUGAUCAAACCUGCCAGAAAACACACUGGUUUGCACAUAAGAAAAUCUGUAAGAAUCUGAAGGACAUUUAUGAAAAGCAACAGUUGGAGGCCACCAAAGAAAAGAGUCAAGAAGAGAAUAAUGAUAAACUUGAUGUCAAUUCUAAUUGUGUCAGCAAUGAGCAACCAGAGGCUGAAACAGGUAUCUUCCAAGAGGAUUCUAAUCCUGAAGAUUCUGUGGAAGAGGAGAAAGGAUCUCUUGGAAAUGAGGCUGGAUUAGCAGGUGUUCAGGAGGCUGCUGCGGGUCCCCAGCUAUCUGAGGAGUAAAGGCUGUCGCACUUACCAACAUGGAUGGUCCUCACGCUGGCAGGUAGCUGAAAACCUCAUGUGAAUGUAUCCUUCAUUGCCUCGUGACACCUGCAUGGCAUAGUGGCAGGAUUGCACAUUUCAUAGAAUAGAGGCUUUCAAGCAAAGCUCUGUCUCCCAUGCCCUGAUUUCCUCUUGAUUUCAGUUCUAUAAUUGAACAAGUAUUCCUUUCGAAAUUUUUUUCUUUCAAAAUGCAAGAAAAACAUUUACAUUCCUUUUGAAACUGGCUGCCCAGCAGUUCUCAAAGGAAAAUAAAAUCCCUAUAAAGGAGAAAUAGGGGUCUUAGAAACAAAGGAAUAGCACAGGAAAAAGAUUUUCAAGAAAGGAAACAGAGACAUCUCUCACCACAGAGAUGGAUAGUUAGAAAAAUUCUAACUUACAUGUGAAUGAAAUGCAUAUAAAUAAGCUAGGCGCUGGUGGCUCACACCUGUAAUCCUAGCUAUUUGGGAAGUUGAGAUUGAGAGAAUCAUGGUAACAGGCUGGAAUGGGCAAAUA